GUGCGCGCAGUUUCCGCUUGACUGUCGUCCGCCGCUGCUGCACGUGUCCGUCGACUCAACGAGGACUUUUACGUCUUUUUACCGCAGUUUUGUGACUUUAUCGACGAACCUCGUCGCUGGUCGACGUGUCGCAGCUCGGACAAGAGGCGUGUCACGACGAUCAGCGGAGGACAAGUGUGAUGGUUUGUGUGCUAAGCUAACAGCGGUUAGCUAAAGUCACCGAGCCGCCGCAGAACAACAUGUUCAGACUUGUUCCCGGACGGAACACGCCGACACGCGCACCGCCGGUGACAGUUACUGUACUUCAUCGAUAACGAGAUGGAUUAUCAGUUCCCGCCGAGGCUCUUUCCUUCCUUCUACAGCUGCGGGCCGCCGGACGCGGUCCCGGGGAACAGCGCCGGAGCCUGGGGCCGCUACGAGCGGGUCGGACUCGAGGUGGGUUCCGCCGCCACGAGCUCCAGAGGAUCGACACGUGCACGAGGUUCAGUGAGCAAGCAGGUUCUGGUCCUGGCUCCAGCUGGAUCUUCACCUCCAGCCAUCAGGUCCGAGGGGAGACGUGGCGUCAGACGGAGCCUGUGCCUGUUCCCCUCCUGUCCCCCAGGAACCGUUUCCUGUGGCCUGUGAAGCCUCCAGAUCCACUGGACUUCAAAGAACAUAUGCAGAACUUCUUCAUGGAUCACUGUGGCGACGCCUUCGGCUGCAUGGGCGAAAUUCUGGGCGAAAACUUCAACUUUGCACAAAGAAGGAAACCGGAACAUCGGAGGGAUUCCGUGAACAUGGGGAAGGUGAAGAACAUUCUGGACAAGCUGGAGUAUAAAAUAUGUCACAAGGUGCAUCACUCCAUCCCCCUGAACAAAUACAUUCUGCUGCUGUCGGACGUGGUUCACUCGGUUCCUCCCGACCUGCUGGGUUCUCUGCUGCACGAGGAGCUGACGGAGCAGAGGGACCGCAUGCUCUUCUCCGAGGCCGCCACAGGUGGCGCUCUGACCUUCGUGCCCUUCUCACCGAGCGGCGGCACGGGCUGCCUCGUCUACCCCGGAAGCCAGGGACUGAACGAGCUCAACUUCCACAGUGUGGAGCUGCAGCACCAUAGAGGAGGUUCCUCCGCUCUGACCAGCAGCAGCGACAGGUUCAGCUUCCAGCUGAAAGGCCCCAUCAGACAGAUAAGCUCCGCCUCCCUCUUCAACAACUGCUGCGUUGCCGUGCGGUCGGAUCACCUGUGCGGCAUUUGGAGCUUCAGCGACGGCGUCGAACCUCGUCUGCUGCAGGUGGUCGACACCAGGGAGGUCGCGACCUGUGUCAGCGCCAGUCCUCACGUGUUGGGCGAAGUUCUGGUGGCGAGCGAGAGCGGCGCCGUGAACCUGUGGACUGUCGGCAAAGGGAUGCAGAAGGUUCGGGAGGACAACAGCAACCUGUUCUUCAACGCCACAUCGCCGUGGAGAUGGUGCGAAUUCUCCGCCCACCCAAGGGUGAUGGUGUACGCGGACAGGACGGGGGCGGAGCUCACGGACAUGAGGAUGAAUCCCUUCAGCGGUCACGCCCUGUUCCGGAUCAGCAGCACCGCUGAGUGUCGGAGGGGAGAGCGACUCAUCCUGUCCCGGUACCUGGGAGACGCCCACUCCUUCCACCACCUCGUCACCACUCAUCUCUCGGCCUACGUCGUGGACGAGCGGUUCCCCUGCGUGCCCAUGCUCAAGUGGGAUCACAUGAUGCAGUCGGCGCCGCUGUUCUGUCAUGUCCUGCCCGGCUCUGCCUCCUCCGACUCGGGAGCGGGCGGAGCCAGGAGCACCAAGGUCGUGUUGGGCUCACACAGUUCUCAGGAAAUCACCCUGCUGCAGUACUCAGGAGGACGCGCCGAGGCCUGUUUCAGCCGCGGUCCUCCUCAGGCGCUGCUCCGACCCAGAGACAGUCUGGGUCACCUCCCCGUCCAGAUCCCUCACCGCCUGGACGUCGCCACCCACAGACUGUCCUCAGCUGCUGCAGGUCUGACGUGUGUUGAGCAGAAAGGAGAAGGAUCGGACUGUCUCUGCGUCCUCCAGCUGACGGAGGCCGGAGAUAUCUUCUACCAGAUCCUGGAGCCGGAGCAGCCGGACGACGACAAGGCGUCGUCUCGACUUCCCGCGGCACUGGACGACGAACAAACCGCGACGUCGGAGAGACGAAAUGCAGAACACAUCGCGCCGUAUUCUCUGUCGGUCGCCGAGGACACGUCAAGCGACAACAGCAUGAUCGGGCCGACCCAGCAUUUGUCUGCGCCGAUGUUUGUGGCCGAGACUCCAGAGAGGGAGCGACGUGCGGAGGUCACCAGCUCUGACUCUGACGACUGGGUGCCGGGAAGGAAACGUCGAAUACUGCAGAGUUUGGGGCUGCGGGUUGUCGUCAACGACGAUUCGGAGCCGGAUUACGCGAGCGGAUCGGAGGAAGGAGCGGAAGAUGGAACGAAGGGCGGAGCUAAAGCUGAUGAUGCAGAGAAACCCUGCAGCGUGGAGGAAAGGGUCCGCAGCUCCAGGAGCUUGGCUCCGAUCGAUUCCUCUGAGCCGUCGCUCAGUACAGUUACUCUCGUCACCUGGAAACGCUGGCUCCAGAAACUGAUGCGAAAGAGUCGUGACAAGAAGCUCCGCCCACGUCGCUCGCAGAACAUCACGACCACUACUAAAGGCCUCCUCCGGCUCCCGGCUGACAGGAAAAGAGACUCGACAGAGGACGAGCUCGUGCGGAGCGUGAGGCGAGAUCUGAGGACGUGCAUGUCCGACCGCUCGCUGCUGCUCCGUGGCGCCGUCUCCUCCUCGCUCGCGGCUCUGGAUCCGGUCCCGCUGCCGGACACAGUGGACACGGACGCCUGGAGUGAUCCGCUCAGCCGCCGCCUCACGCUCUCCUGGCAAGGAGGGGAGGAGGUGUGGCGGGCGUGGUGGGCAGACGAGAUGGGGCUGAACAGGGCGGAGAAGGAGAGGGCUCUGCGGAGGAAGAGGAGGAGGGAGAAGGAGGCGAAGAGGGCGACCGGCCGGCGCCUGGAGCUGUCGGGCAGUUUCACCACGUCUUGCAGCUACCAGUCGGACCUGGACAGCAUCUGUGGCCCGAUCGGCUGGUCGUCUAUGGCGAGCCAGGAGACGUUGUCUGACGCAGAGGGGGCGGGGCGGCGGCAGUGGGAGUGCGGGACGACAAGGGCCGCGUAUCGGCCCCCCGUCGUGCUGUCUGACGCCCUGGUCGCCACGCCGACCGCCACACCCGUUAACGAUAGACGCGGCGACCAGCGGAGUCCCAGCAUCAAGUCUCUGUCCCAGAUGGUGAAACCAGUCAUCACGCCAGCCAAUCAGAGAAGCAGACGUCUGACACAGGACGCUCUGCUCGCCCUACAGGACGAGCGCUCGCAGCUCAACGUCGACCCCCCGGAGCAGCUGAGCUUCCCCACGAGGAACCUGGGGGUGGGUCUGUCCGGCAGAGCCCCCCUGAGGGCGAGCGUCUCCCAGUGGCUGUCCCUCUCCCAGGGUUCACAGGGCCGACCGGGACCGGCGUCGCAGGCCAAGAAGAGGAAGUCUCGCAUGGGAUUCUGAUCCAUGGGUUUUUUUGGAAUUUGAAACAAGAUCGUCCUUCUGGUUAUUUGGGGAUCGUCUUGGAUCUAUUGUGGUUUUACAUCGGAGGAUUAAGUCACCGGAGAUUCCCAGGAGGAGACGUGAGGCUGAAGGACUCUGGUUUGGUAGGACCCUGUGGAGUUUCUUAUCUUUGCUUCUGUGCCGUCGAGUGAUGAUGAUGAUGAUGAUGAUGAUGAUGUGCGUUCGUGUGCGAGCGAGUGAUGUCACGGAACAAGAGAUUUGUUGAAAUGGUCCGAGGUUGAUGGAUAAAGGUUUUUUUUAUCUUCAGGACUUUUGAACGUCACGGACUCUGAAACUCCAGGUGUUGUUUUGAGAGAAAAGAUGGAAAAGAACUGACACUCGAAUGAUUAGUUGAGCGAUGAAAAGAAAAGAAAUCAGGAUUUAGUCGUUGCUCUUGAAAUGGUCAUCAGGUUUGUGUCCACGACAAAAUCUGAUUGGCUCAAGUUAAAGGGAAUAUUCAUAUUUUUAAAGAAUUCCUACAUCCUUCCAUCUUGUUGUCGGUUAUGAUGUUUGUUUUGUUCAAAGUCGUCUGUUCGUUGGACCUUUGAAUUGAUCUUCACUUUGUGAAAACGAAAGUGUUCCUCGUAUUAAUGAGGUGAUGAAUUAUUUUUAUGAAAUUAUGAAAACCUUUCAUACAUUCGCUUUUCUAUAAAUGAAACAGAAAAUAUUUUCUCAAUGAAAUAAAAAAACAACACAUCAAGACUCAAA